CGGCAGGUGUCUGCAGAAAUAAAACCCAUUGCCCAGCCCACGCUGCCCCGCGGGGUAUUUGUGCUUGGGCACUGACCUCGCUGCCUGGGCGCCGCACCACGAUGCGCCCCACGAUGCCCCCAGCAAACCCCACGUGCCCGCGGCCACGCGAUGCCCUUCUCACCUCUGUCCCUCUCUUUUUUCCAACUCCCCCUGGGACAGGGAUGAGCACCGUGCUCCAUGCCCUUUGCAUCCCUUUAUUGCCCCGACUGGGCUGGAUUUCCCCACGGCCACCAGAGGAGGGGACGCGCUCUCUCCAUCACCACCUGGAGCAAACCCCGUGGUUUUAUCUCUGUCCCACCGCCAUCCCUUUGCUCCUGCAGCCACCUCGGGGGUCGCCGUCACCGUGUCCUUGGCCAGAGCCGUCGUGGGGGCAAAAUCCUCUGGGGAUGAAGCUGGGGGCCACCUGCCUUGUGUGCCUGCUGCUCGCCUGCCUGGCCCUGCCCGCCGCCGCCACCCGCAUCCGCUCCAUGGAAAUCAGGAGUAAGGAGAGCAGCAGUAAGGGACUCCCCCGAGACACCCCCCCCGCCCCGCACCCCCAGCCCCUCGCCGUGAAUCCGGGGGGGACGGAGGGAGGGGGCCGACGUGCAGACCCGGACAUCGACCCCUCGUGGUACACCGGUCGUGGGAUCAGGCCGGUGGGGAGAUUCGGGCGACGGCGAGCCUUGGGAGAAGGCACCCAGCUGGGGGGGGGCGGCUUGCGGCCAGUCUGCGCCCCUCUGCACCCCCAGCCCCCCCGGGGGGAGCGCAGCGCCUGAGCUGAAGAUGGGGGACCCCAAUAAAAGCC